AUGGCGACCAGAGAUAUUGAUACUCUGGUGCAAGCCUUGACACUCGAAGAAAAGGUCCUAUUGUUGUCAGGCGUCGAUAUGUGGCAUGUCCCAUCUAUUUCAAGACUGGGAAUAGGCUCCAUCAAGACAACUGAUGGACCAUCGGGCGCACGUGGCAAGUUCGCCGUCGAUGGCCCCAAAGCUGCAUUUAUACCCGGACCGGUUUGUCAAGGGGCGACAUGGUCACGAGCUCAAAUCCACAAGCUAGGUCGCUUGCUUUGUCGUGAAGCCAAGACGAAAUCUGCCCACGUUCUCCUUGCUCCAACGAUAUGUUGCGCCAGGAACCCUUUGGGUGGGCGUAACUUUGAGUGCUUUGGCGAAGACCCCUUGCUGAGCGGAAAACUUGCCGAGCAAUAUGUGAAUGGAGUGCAAGAGACCGGCGAGGUUGUAGCGACUGCGAAACAUUUCGUGGCGAAUGAACAAGAACAUCUUAGAUUCAGCAUCGAUGCUAAGAUCUCUGAGACGGCACUUCGAGAAAUCUAUCUUCGACCAUUUGAGAUGAUUGUGAGGAUGGCCUCGCCGCCCAAGUGUAUCAUGACGUCUUACAAUAAAGUGAAUGGCCAACACAUGGACAGCAAUGUACCCAUAAUCAAGGAUAUCCUUCGGGAUGAAUGGGGCUACAAAGGCUUGAAAUGCCAGGCCCGCCUGAAAGGCGCGGGGAAAAAAUUACUGCAGGCGAUCAAGUCUGCUCCGAGCGAUGAUCUUUUGGCUGCAGUCAAUGCUUCGGUUGUACGAAUCUUGGCUUUGGCCGAUAGUUUUGAUUUGCUGGGCCUGAGCUCGGAAGAAGUAGAUCAGACACGAGAUAGUCAAGAAGUGUCCUCUACGGCCCCUGAGGACAUACAACUAAUGCGAGAGGUUGCUGCCAGCGGGAUCGUCCUGCUCAAGAAUACAAAGCAAACACUGCCGCUGCAAGCCAAUAACAUUCACGGAAAACAGAUUGCUUUUAUUGGGCCCAAUGCAUUGAAUGGAACUCCCGGCGGAGGUGGCUCGGCAAGCAUGAAUCCUCAGUAUCUGAGUCAACCGAUGGAGUCUUUCAAGACUGUUGCCUCUAAGCAUGAGAUUGAUGUCACGGUCAAGUAUGCUCUCGGUGCCUACUCGCAAAAAUGGCUUCCUUUGUUUUCCAGCGACCAGUGGGGAAUAAAUACCUCGAUGGAGUCAGAUAACAAGCCUCUUGUUCGCGUUGAGUAUUUUGCCACAAACGAUUUCACGGGGCCUAUCGUGGAGACCCAAUACCGCAAUAGCUCCAAUAUCGAUGUUUCCGAUAGCUGCCCUGUCGAUUUCCAGGUUGAUCCUGUCCCGCCAUACUCCUACCGCGUGACAUCCAAUUUGAUCCCCACAGCUACCGGAGAACAUUCGUUUAGCUUGAGCAGUGUUGGAGGGUCAAGGCUAUUGAUAGAUGGAGAGCUUGUUAUCGACAAUUCACGCUGGACGGAGCUUGGAGAGACUUUCUAUGCCUUUGGCAGCGCUGAAGUGUCGGCCAGUAAGCUUCUAGUUGCCGGCAAAGCUUAUACAGUGCAGGUAGAGGCUAGGGUCAAUACCUCCGAAUUGUCUGCCAACGCAUCGAGCGCUGAUGCAAAUCACGUCUUUGCUGCUCAUCCUUCUGUCCGCAUCGGGUACCUCCAGCAGAUCCCAAGCACCGAGAAACUGAUUUCUGAGGCCGUCGCACUAGCCAACGAAAGUGCAGUGACCAUAGUUGUGCUGGGACUUAACGAAGAAUGGGAAAGCGAAGGGUAUGAUCGAAAGAGUAUGGCUUUGCCAGGGAGCCAAGACAAAUUGGUAGAAGCUCUCAUAUCCAGCGCGGUACGUCCUGAAAGCCUCAUAUUUGUCAAUCAGUCAGGGUCGCCCGUGGAGCUUCCAUGGAUUGAUAAAGCAUCAACUUUCCUUCAGGCAUGGUAUGGAGGUCAAGAAGCUGGAAAUGCUUUGGCAGAUGUUUUGCUUGGAAACACGAACCCCUCCGGAAGACUCCCAGUCACCUGGCCACGGCGUUAUACAGACCUUCCCUUCUAUUGGAAUAAGGAAACAUGGCCAGGUAUUGACGAAGUUGUCAAAUAUGAAGAAGAUACCCAAGUCGGCUACAGGUGGUAUAAUCAUCACCCGAAUGUGCUGCCUCUUUGGUCGUUUGGCUAUGGCCUGAGUUACACUGUGUUCUCUAGCAGACUCACCAAUGUUGAUGAUAUGGGAAUUUACUGGUCAGUCGGGGUGCAGGUUAAGAACACAGGUACGGUUAAUGGCCAAGAAGUUGUACAAAUUUACAACUGGCCCGCAGGCCAAAAAGAGAAGACUCUUCUCGUCGGCUUUGAGAAAACGCCAUUGCUCAGGCCGAGUGAAGAAAUCACCAUCAAUGUUCAAGUUCGAAAGCGGGAUGCUGCUCACUGGAUUGGAGGUGAAUGGCUGCUGGACGAGGGCGAGUAUGCAUUCGGUCUUGGGAACGGGGUCAAGGAUGCGAUGAAGACGACCGCAAAAAGUCAGCCCAGAGCCACUCAGUGA